AUUCUUUUAGUCAUGUGAAUCACAAUUUCUCAAUAUGAAAAUGGUAUACAGAGGCUGAAUAUUGAAACUUUGCUCAUAAGAGCUGCCGCGUAAGGAAAAAGGUACGCUUGCAAGACAGAAAUGAGAAAUGUCAUUCAUUUCAGGCUGAGAUUCAUUAGAAUUUUCUACUCUAUUUUGUAAUCAGUCAUCACAACCACAACUACCUCCAUUAUGCAACAGAAAGAAGGGAGACUGUGAGAAACAUACGGUAAUCGAUAGAGAUACUUGCUGACUCAGUGAAACAUUUUAGUCUCCUUGUCUGGUUUUAUUAACUGGAGCAGCAACGGUACAGAAAACGACCUGGUUAGACCCCAAACCCCCACCCUCCCACUUAACCCACUCUUUUCUGCCACUGCUGCUACUGCUGCUGCUGCGAGGACCGCUUUCAGCAUGACACUUCUGGGAAACAGACACAUCAGCCUGUAGAGUGCAGACACCCUGUACAUUUUAUGGUUAAGCUUGACGUAGUUACCCUUUUAGUUAGUGCUCUGUAUGCAGACUGCAAGGUGAGUUUCCCUUCGUCUCUGCACGGGAUGGAAAUGAAACUUUUGCAACAGUGGACAAAGCAGAGGCCUGAGAGCUUACUUUGCUGGUGCCACAUCAUGCAAAAAAAAAAAAAACUUUUACGCAAUAUAAAAAAUUGGUUUGGCUUCACAGUUGAUGUAAAUCAUAAGGAAUCUGAAGUUUCACUGCUGCAGCAGCCUCCCCUGUACGGCUGCAUAAGUUCCCAUCUAUGUGGUCGGAAAAGUGCCCACCAAAGCCCACUGACGGCGCUUAUUAAUAUUCAUCGGCAGUUUUUCUUUAUUAAUCAACUGAUAAGAACUGAUGUCUUUGGAAACUGAUGCAACCACAAUAAAAGAGCAGCACCAGUUGCCUAUAUCCUCCAGAUGUGGCAGAGAGACCACAAUGGUAUUAAGUCAUUAAGUGGGGAGGAAAGCAGUGUGUACAUGUUCAGCUUUCCUGUAAGUGCAUCUAUGAGGUAUCACUUGGGGUUAAUUCUCACCCCUCUAAAGUAUUGCUGUCUCUCACUACCAGCUUUUCUCAAGCAGGAAACAGAAACAUGUCCUUUUCAUGUGGCAGCAGUUUCUUCCCACCAAGAAUACACCGUGUGCUACUGAAACUGCUGUCUCACUGUUUACUAACACACUGUGUCUCAUAAAGACUGGCAGAAUAAUAAUACACUUUAAUAGUAAUGCUCUUUUAAAUGGGUUGAAUAUUAAAGAUGAUGUUCAGAAUCAGAGCAUGGUUCAGAUGUGAAGAAGUGCAGUGACAUCACAGAGAAAUCCCCAUCAGUGUUAAAAAGUAUGUUACCUGGGUCACAAAAACUUGUUGCGCUGCAUAAGAAAUGCUUGGCAGGUGACUGUGUUCGUGGUUGCUCAGUCUUUCCUUUCGUGGAAUUUGUGAAAAGCUCUAUUUCUGAUGACUUGAUGGUGGUUAGUGAGGUUACGGGUCAGCUGAAGCCUUGAGCUUCUGUUCCCUUCACACUAACAGUCCUCUGUGUGCUCUGUGCAAAGACAGCACCCAAACUGUGUCUUUAAGUUCAGUAAAGUUCUGUAGUUUCAAGUACAAACCAUGCAGUAAGUCCUUAUUAAUGCUGUGCUGCAGUGCAGACCGGAGGAGGGGAACAGAUUGAUACUUUCUUGACAUGUAUAAGUUAAUGAGAAGUGAUGUGCACUUGUCUUCAGUCCAUAGUUGGUGUGGGAGGGGUUUGUGGGUGGUGAGUGACAGCUGAAGCUUUUUUUUUUUUUUUAAGACAGAGAUGCUCAGACAAAAGUACACACCUCUUUCAUGCAGAGGCGACAGACACACACACACUUUGUCUUACAGCAGGACCUGCACCAUGAGCUGUGAUCAGAGCUAUCCGUUCCCACAGGUGUUCCUCGUGGAUGGAGGUGGAGGUCAGCAGCGCUCUGCCCACCCACCGGGUCUCAUACCCUGCUGGUCCUUCCCGCCGGCCCAGGAGAGGGUGAGGAGCCGUGAGAAAAGUCGGGGCUGCAUGGGAGUCAGCCCCAGUCUGGCUACAGUGGUGCUGUUGCUGUUCCUGCUGGUGUUUGCAGCCCUGGGGUUCCAAGCCUACCAGAUUGAAAGAAUGAAGGACAAGCUGAAGGACAUGAAACUGGAAAAAUCCAUAACUACCGUGAAACCACUGGCGCAUAAUGAGUUCAAUGCACCUGAGAAGCAAAUUGGUCAUAAUCAUGAGAUGAAAAGAGAGGAGGAAGAAGACAGGACUGCAGCACAUGUGAUAGGGCGCAUUGAAAGUGUAACAUUCCCAAAGACUUUGCGAUGGAAUUGGAAGACAGGUCAGGCGUUCAUAUCUGGAGCAGUGGCUUACAGGCCUGAAGAUGGUGCCCUGCAAGUAAACCAGACUGGACUCUACCACAUUUACUCUCGAGUGGAGUUGCUCUUUAGGGGCUGCUCCCCCACAUCCUCUUUCGAUCACACUGUGUUUGUGAGGAGAGUGGGGCACACCUCACCCCUGACCCUGAUGGUGGCCCACAGAGCAGGUUUCUGCUCUCAGCAGCUGGUACACUCCUGGACCACAGAGAGUUACCUCGGCUCUGCCCUGCAGCUGCAGAAAUCUGACAGAGUUUUUGUGAAUGUAUCUCACCCCACCCUUCUUAGUCACACACAUUACGCCAACUUCUUUGGUCUCUACAAGAUCUAAAGGCUUUGUGUCUUAGUGUAGAAAUUUUACCCAAUGAAAGAAUGUAAACUGGUCAGAGUCUCUUAGUCUGACUCAUCACUUUGAUGGCUGAGAUGAAUGUGAUUGCUGUAACUGCUGCACUGAACAGCAUAAUACGAAACAGCUUUAAAAUUAGUAGCGAAAUUCUUAGAGGCAGUCUCCACACAAAUGCAUAAACAAAUAUUGUGCCUUUUAUAAAUGUUGAGAGAGUCAGUUAACACUAACACUAGUUUAGGUGUAGCAGUUUUAAAAUAUUUAUUUUAGUGUUGAUCUGACAUGUAUGAUGUCUAAAUGUGUAAGAACGUGUUAUGUAAUGGUUGUUGGAAGUAAAUAAAGAUAA